CGGUCCGAGCAUUGACACAGCCAAGUCGAGGACAGGGACUGAAGCACCCGCAGCCUUAGUCAAUCCAGUCCAGCAACAGCAUCACUGUCACCGCACCACUGCAGCGCGCGGACUUCUCCGCGGCGGUAAGGCGACGUUGGGCUGACUCGGGUUCAGCCCAUGCUGGAGGAUGGAGAUAGAGAAAAGGACGAAUGGGUUCAACUACCCAGAGAGAAACAACGCCAAGCCAGUAAACGGUUUGUUCAGUGACCCUCCGCUGGAUCCUGAACACGACAGCAUGGAUGCAAUCAAUGAAAGUAAUCUCGAUGAUGCAGCUGACCAGCGUACUUGCCUUAUCUGUGGAGAUCGCGCCACUGGCCUGCACUAUGGCAUCAUCUCCUGCGAGGGCUGCAAGGGCUUCUUCAAGCGCAGCAUCUGCAACAAGCGCGUGUAUCGCUGCAGCCGCGACAAGAACUGCGAGAUGUCACGUAAACAGCGCAACCGCUGCCAGUACUGCCGCCUGCUCAAGUGUCUGCAGAUGGGGAUGAACCGUAAAGCAAUCAGGGAGGAUGGCAUGCCAGGAGGAAGGAACAAAAGCAUCGGGCCUGUGCAGAUCACAGAGGAGGAGAUAGAGCGGAUCAUGUCAGGGCAGGAGUUCAAGGAAGAUGCCCCAGAGCACACCUGGGGCAACAAUGGUGACAGCGACCACAGCUCCCCCAGCAAUGGGGCUUCAGAGGGCAACCAGCCGUCGCCAGCCUCCACUCUGUCAUCCAAUCGCUCAGUAGAAAUGAAUGGCUACACCGCGGCCCUCAGGGACCAGUACAUCAACACAUCCAUGUCCACACACUACCAGCUCCUGCCCCACCUGUUCAGCUACACCACUCCGUCGAGCCUGUUAACCCCCCAGGCACGUAGCCUCUACCCACAGUCCCACCCUUUGGUGUUGCAGCUCUUGGCUGCUGAGGAUCUGGCCCCCCUGACCACUCCCAUGCUCAUAGAAGACGGGUACAAGGUAACCCAGGUGGAGCUGUUUGCUCUGCUGUGCCGCCUGGCAGACGAGCUGCUGUUCCGCCAGAUCUCCUGGAUCAAGAAGUUGCCUUUCUUCUGCGAGCUCUCCAUAGAGGACUACACCUGUCUGCUCAGCUCCACCUGGCAGGAGCUCAUCCUGCUCUCUUGCCUCACCAUCUACAGUGCCCAGAUAUUCGGAGAUCUGGCCGACGUCACCGCCAAGUACACACCAUCUGAUGACGAGCUCCAGGGCUUCAGUGAGGAUGGGAUGGAAGUGAUGGAAAGGUUGAUAUAUCUGUUUCGCAAGUUCCACCAGUUAAAGAUCAGCAAUGAGGAGUACGCCUGCAUGAAAGCCAUCAACUUCCUCAACCAGGAUAUUAGAGGAUUGUCCAAUAUCUCUCAGCUUGAGCAGCUGAACAAGCGCUACUGGUACGUGUGUCAGGACUACGCUGAGUAUAAAUAUCCUCACCAGCCCAAACGCUUCCCUGAGAUCAUGAUGUGUCUGCCAGAGAUCCGCUGCAUCGCAGGGAAGCUGGUGAAUGUCCCUCUGGAGCAGCUCCCCCUUUUGUUCAAAGCAGUCUUGCACUCCUGUAAAUCCAGCCUGACCAGCUACAGGACCGGCCCGUCACCCUGCGUGACCGCCUCCUCCGGAAACUAAACACCCUCCCUGACCGCCCGAGUCUAGGGACUGGGUCCCCUCCUGUGAAUGUGACAAGCAGCUAGUUUGUUUAUUUCUCUCUUUUUUUUUGUAAUAUUUUUCUUUAUAAUAUUUAUUACACGACAGAGCUGAAUGUAUGCUGAUUUACACUGUGCACAUGCUUCUGUACAAAACAAAUGCUCGUAGAUGCAUUGGUCUUUGGAGUUUACAAGUGUAUAUCCAGUUUGCUCAAUGUGUCAGUGUUGCCAUUGUUAGACUAGACUUUUAAAGAGUUUAUUUUAUUCAGACGGGGCAGCAAGACACAUUUGUGAUUUGUGACUACCUCAGGAAGAAGUUGUUUCUAUUUUCAGGUACCUUUUCUUGCAUCUAAAUGAAGAGUUGCCUGGUCUAAAACCAAACCUGUGGAUGCUUCAGCAUCUCAAUCAGAGACUGAAUGUUCAGAUGAGCUGCAUAAAUCAGAGUUUGAAAAGCAGUGUUUUGCUACACUGGAAAUGCAAAAUUAAUGAGCAAGAUUUAGCUACUUUAUAUGCAUGGACUCUCAGAUAUCCUGCUUAUGGGAGGCGGUCCUGUCAAUUUAUCAUUCCAUGAGUUAGGGUGACAGCUGUUGGAUCUGUGGGAUCUUUGGGGAAAAAAGAAAAAAAAAAAGGAGCAUACGGGUAUUUUUCACAAUCAUAGUCUAGGGAUGUAAGGCUUUAUUGCAGGGGAAGGGGAGGAUAGCUAGGUUUGCUGUUUUUGUUUUAUUAUUUUUUCUUUCUUGACCAAAGUUUUAUGCAAUGCUUUUUUCAAACACCCACUGAUGGGUAGGGAGCUGACAGCUCAACAAAAAAAUAAAUAAAUAAAAAAUAUAUAUCUUUCUUAUCAAUGAAGGAUGAGGAUAAGAAAUUAAUCAAUAUGUAUCGGAGGGGAGACCUUCUGCUGGACGGACGAGUAUGUCACCAGAAUUCAUUCUUAAUGCUGCUAAAUAUGCGCAUAUUCUUGUGCGCUCAUAUGCAUCGAGCGGACGUGGUGCUUCUUAUCAGAGGGCUCAAUUAUUCUGGGGCUCUGCAGGCUUCAUAGUUACAGAACAUGAUGUAUUUUAACCUGCUGUCAACACACUGGCUGUGUGGGGUUAAAGUGGCAGUCUGUGAAUCUGCAGUUUAUUCUUCCAAACCAAAGACUAUGACAUGACUCACAUGGCUCAAAACAAUCAUUUUGAUCAGUUCGCCCAGUUUCCGGAACUGGGUGGUUUGUGGUUUGUCAGCAACUUUGACUUGUUGCAUUUUGUUUAGUUCAGUUAAACUUUUGCACAGACCAAAACAAAAGAUCCAGAACAGAACCACAAGGACCUGAACUAGCUCUGGGCUCCAGCAGG